AUGGAGAAGUCGAGUAGCGAGGAUUCUUCGAUCCACCGGAGUCCAUCUUUGGACAGCAAGGACUCGGACUUUGCCAAGCCGUCCACCUCGGGCCGCCCGUUUGGCCGCAGCUUUGCUGCCGGCGCCUUCUACGGCAACGCGGGCUCCCGGGGCCAGAGCCACGCCGAGGCCGGCGUUAAGACCGACAAGUACAAUGCACCCAAAGGCAGCAAGUACGUGGUGUUUUACCUGGACCUCUCCUUUGUUUUCCUCCUAGAAUUUAAAAAGUGCAACAUGGCCAGGGGCUGCCUCUGCUGCUUGAAGUACAUGAUGUUCCUCUUCAAUUUGAUAUUCUGGCUCUGUGGCUGUGGGCUGCUUGGAGUGGGCAUCUGGCUCUCCGUGUCCCAAGGCAACUUUGCCACCUUCUCCCCCAGCUUCCCCUCGCUGUCUGCAGCCAACCUAGUCAUCGCUGUAGGCACCAUUGUCAUGGUGACGGGCUUCCUCGGCUGCCUGGGGGCCAUCAAGGAAAACAAGUGCCUCCUUCUCAGUUUUUUCAUCGUCCUGUUGAUCAUCCUCCUAGCAGAGUUGAUCUUACUUAUCCUGUUCUUUGUCUACAUGGACAAGGUAAACGAGAAUGCCAAGGAGGACCUGAAACAAGGCCUGCACCUGUACAACACGGAGAACAACGUGGGCCUUAAGAACGCCUGGAACAUCAUCCAGGCUGAGAUGCGAUGCUGUGGUGUCACCGACUACACAGACUGGUACUUAGUGCUGGGAGAGAACACGGUUCCCGACCGCUGCUGCAUAGAGAACUCCCAGGGCUGUGGGCGCAACGCCACCACCCCCCUGUGGCAAACGGGCUGCUACGAUAAGGUGAAGAUGUGGUUUGAUGACAACAAGUAUGUGCUCGGCACGGUGGGGAUGUGCAUCCUUAUCAUGCAGAUUCUGGGCAUGGCCUUCUCCAUGACCCUCUUCCAACACAUCCACCGGACGGGUAAAAAGUAUGACGCGUGAGAGGGCAGCUGGGAGCGCCCCAGUCCCCCACCCGGACGCUCUGUACGAGGGAAGAUUUGAGCUUUGUGUCUCCUGCCUGCACUCUCCAGACUGCUGACCCCUGCACCCUUCCCCGCCCAACCUGCCCUCCCCUGCCAGCCCCACCUUGGCCUAAGACUUCUCUGUGGAUGGAGGGCCAGGGAGGAGGCACACAGAGACCUCAGGGAGCUGGGGGCGCUGGGCUCCACACCUGCAUCUAUCUGUGUAAUUGCCAAAGAAGACAGGGUGGGCUGGGGGCAUGCUCGAGGAGGAAAGUCCCCUGGCACUGAUGCAUUUCUGCCCUCUGCCCCUCCUCAUACUGACACUGUCUCUCCUUGUGGACAGACUGUCCCAGCAGAGGCUACUGCCGUCCACGACGCCCCAUGGGAACAUGGGAGAGCUGGUGGGGUGGGGAGCCUGACGGCGUCCAGGCCAGGCCCCUGGGAGCAUCUUGCCCAGGCUUUUUAUACCUUACAGUGUAACUUUUUUAUUGUAUUUUACUCUAAUUACGAUUAUUCAGGAAUAUUAUCUCGCAGAUACACUUAGGGGUAGCUUUCUGAUGUAUAACUUUUUACUGCGUUGAUUUCUUUAAUGGUUUAAAUUUUUUUUUUUUCCUGAGGGUGGGGGACAGGUGGGGAGAGAGGACAUUGUCCAGUUUCAAUCAGGACAAACCAUGGCUCCACACUCAGGAGGCCCUUGGGUGAGAUGCACCAGGCCCUCGCUCAAAUGCACUGGGAAGAAGUGGUGCGUACCUUGGAUGGAGGACCAUGGCCAGGGUGUGGCCAGGAGGUGGGAGCCGUGUGAAGAUGGCUGUCUUUGGCCUGGUGUCUGGGAUUCUGCAGGGGGGCAGAAGAGCCUGGAAGAGCAGGUGAAGUCGAGGAGCAUGAAGCAAGCAUGGAAGAGGAUCCUGCACAGAGCAAUGAUGUUUGCUAGCUGAGGGUUAGAGGCCUGAGCAGUGGGGGAGUCCUCUAGGGGCCAGCUAAGUGCUUUGCCAGGAAUGCGGCCGGAGCUGGCAUGGGUCCUUACAGUUUUCACUGAUGAGCAUAUUUUCCCUUCUUCCUCCUGCCCUCUGCUGACACAGGAGGCCUCCCCUUCCACCCCAUGCGGGCAUUCCCGCACCAGGUUCUGCAAACCCGUUACUUUCACAGACAUUCCUGCUAGAAACUCUCAGACAAAUACCUCUCUAGUUCAGAUGCUGCUCACUUUUCUUACAUUGCUUUUGGAAGGGGAAACAGUCCUUACAUUUUUGUUGCUCAGAGGGUGGCAAAGGACCUGUGACCACUAGAUGUUGGAGGUAGAGCUGGCGCCCACAAUCAUCCCAGCCAGAAUCACUCGGCCUGAUUACCCUGCCAGGAAGGGGUGCAAGACAUCCAUUGGGUCUCAGGACCCUCAUCUUCUUCCUCAGGGCCCAGCCAUCUCUGCGGCAGGGCCUCCUUAGCGGGGUGGGUAGUGAUCAUGUCCCAGGUGAUCCCAAGGACGAAUGACAGAGAAGUCAGACUGGAUCUUGUUGCAGCUGUUCCACGAAGAAAGCAGCUGAAGUCAUGGCGUGUAGCGUGAACAAGUAGGGUGUGGUGAGGUGUCCAACUACAGUAGGAUCUGACUUAUGCUGGCCUCAUUUAACAAUCUGCAGUAAAAAAAAAAAAAAGUCAAGAAUCCAUGGAACUGAAUUCAAAAAUGUUACCCCCCAGCUAGCUUGGAUCCAGUGGCAGUGUGCUGGCUGGGACCUUGCGUGGGCGGCUGCCUUUCACCUGUAAUAUUUGGCUCUUUACCUGGAUUUCGCACUCGAUCUGCUCUCUCCUUUAACGUCCAUCGUCCUGUUCCAAGAUCCAAGACAUGGCCAUCCAGCCAACCAGUAAUUCAUCCAUUUACCUUAAAUAACGUGCAAAUUGGGACCAGGAGUAUAGGACUUUUGGCGUGUUCAGGAUUCAUGCAUUUGGGGGGGGUGGUUUGGGUGAGGGGUGGAGAGUAGGGCGGUCUCAGAGCGUUGGGCCAGGUCCAGGCCACCUCCCUGAGAGGGGAGUGGUGGUGCUGAUGGGAAGCACCAGGAAGGCAGGUUCCAGAUGGGGCCAGUAGCACACGGUAGAAACAAGCUGCCUUUCAGUCCUGGCCCAUCUUCCUGGUAAGGAGCUUCCGCUGCCUGCCUGGAACCUGAAACUGUAGAACGCAGAGCAGACACGCUCCCGCAGAGACACUUAGCAAACAAGUGUUCAAGUCACACAGUGGGACCUGGUGCAUAAUGAGUUUUCUCUGUGGGUGGGAGGGGUGGGUUUGUUUAUGCCUAUCAAUGCAAUUUUUCAUUUUUGUUAAAAUCAACAGCAGAAGCCUAGUGCACUGGGGGCGAAUGACCUCCCUGGCAAACAACGUUUCUGGUGAGCUUCAGGGGCUUCCUCUGGCCCUGGAGCCUUUGCCACAGCCCCCUCCCUCCCCCACCAAACCCCACCUUGUCUGUCUGUUUGUAGAGCCUUGUCCAGGGUUCCCCAAACUGCCUUCUUGCCUCACCCUGUGCUUGGCUGUUGGUCACUUGGCCGAGUCUACAUUGGCCUGGAGUCUCUGUGGACAGGGGUGGGCUACUGCCAAGCCCCUCACCUGUCUGUCUGUAAGUGGUCCCCAUGCCACGCAGUAAGGCUGUUGUGGAGUGCCAGUGAUGGCGGUCAGGUCUUCUCAGCUUCUCCUGACUUGGAUCUCAUUGGGGCAGAAUUAACUGAGUGCAUUUCCUCACUCUCAGCUUCCCUUGCUAACGUCAGAGUUAGUUCAAUCAGGUCUGUUGCAAGCAAUUUACAGACUUGACUCAGAAGUCCCUUAGGAUUUUCAGACAACUUCAAGGAAUGUCUAAUGUAGACUCAGCCUUCCUCUGCAGCCCUCUCUCAGAGGAGGUGGGAGGGCAGGGCUGAGGACUGCCCCGGGGAGGGUGGGCAGUAGGUGUCGGGCACGAGUCUCCACCUGCCACCCUCUGCACCCCCAGCUGAUCCUCUACCACCCGCCCCCUACCCAGAGCUGGAGUGCUGUCACCCCCUCCCUGCCAGCAUGGGCCUGCAUCUUGGGCUCUCAAUCUGGAAAGGUUGCCGACCUGACCCCAGACCCCAGGCCCUCUCGCAGAUGUUCUGGCUUUGAAUGAGGUGACCAUCUGUCCUUUGGUGGCCAAGGAGCAAUCUAAGCAGAUGGAUGUGACUGUCCCCUCCUCUCCAGCCCCCUGCCCACCCACUGGUGGAGGUGCUAACUAGCAGGGACAUGGCAUAGGACAGGAGCUGGGUGCGAGGUGCUCCAGGUCACUCCUUGUCCCUUAGCCUUUCAGAGUCCAUCCAGCCCCCCAGGGUUCCCGUUAGCCCAUUUUCCUCCUCUCCACCGCAGUAAGGAGUCGUCAGGAGUGGGGCCUGGCUCCCUGCUUGGAAGGGGGCUCUGAGGAGGGGAGGCCUUGGGGGAGCCUCCCCACACCCCGACUGCCACCCGCCUCAGGGCAGAAUGGGAGAGCACGCUUGUGGGUUUCAGAUGCACUUUUCUGCUUGCAAUGCCGUACCUGCGCGUUUCCUCCAUCCUGGUCCCGGCUUUAUUUAACACCAUGUUUAUAGCAUGUUUUUGAAUAAAAACUGAUAAUGUGUCAACAGCA